UAUUUAAGAAUGCUUGUUAUCAUUAUAAAGGGGGAUAAGUUUUAAAUAUCAAAGUAUCCAGAUGAAGAUCAUUGGAGAAACACUCAUCCACCACCUUUGAAUUUUCAGAUAGUGAAUUCCAAUUUUAAUAGAAUAUUAGGAUACUAAUGAUACAGAACCUUAUUAAGAUUAUCAUUCAUCAAGUGGAAGAUUUUUGAUAGACAUAUGUCAAAUACAAGAUUUAUGGUUUGAUAUUAAAUAUGGAAAAAAAAAUAAUUUAUAAAUGGUCAGGA